GCAUGCAAGGUCUGUAUUUUGCCGCUUGAUGGGUAUUGGAAGGGUUGCUGAAGAGUCCUUGAAAGUCAUAGCCUUCUGGAUGUGGCUAGACUGUCGAGGGUUUCAAAAUAUCAUUACAAUGCUCUCUUCUCGCGAUGAUAAAUUCUUGUCUCUUGUCUCUGAUGAGGCUGUGGCCGUUUUGUCCUCCCUACAGAUCACCAACUCAACCAUUUCACCAAAUCUCAUGCGUAUUACUCUAACCUUAGCACCACGAUUCUUAUCCCCCAGUGUCAUUCUCUCUGACAAAGAAAAGGUCUUGAAGGGCAUCAACGAUAUCUGUAGAGAAGCCUAUUGUGUUCUUUUCUACGGCUUCCUGAAAGAGAGAGGCUUUGAAUUCGGUAGGGGAGGAGAAGAGGAGACUGUAGAAGAGAUAACUGAGUGGCUUGAGCCUUCUGGAGAAGGUUCGAGCAAUGAAAAGACGUUAUUUAGCGGCGUUGAUGAUAACUGGAGCCCUUAUUCCGCAGGAGAGACUGAACGUUCUUUACCAUUACUACCAUCUUCAUCUGUUGGAUCCAAUUUGAACCCUUUUGCCAAAGAGUGGAACCCUAUAACCGAACGUGCUUCAGAGGAGGAUCGAUGCUUGUUCUUCACGUUCUCAAAGGGAUAUCCUCUUACUGAAAAUAAAAUCAUCGACUUUUUUACAGCGAAAUAUGGGCCAUGCGUGGAAAGGGUAUACGUGCACUGGCCAUGUCCCAGGAGGCGGAAUAGGAUGUCAGCACUGUUUGGGAAGGUUGUCUUCAAGGCGUUUUGUGUGGCUUUCGUGAUCUUAAGCGGAAAAAAUGAAGCCAAGUUCAAGGUUGAUGGGAAGCCUCUCUGGUGCAAGAGGUUUGAUCCAAAGAAGAAUAUUGCGAGGAAUUAUUAACUCUUUUUUUUAAUUAUUAUUAUUAUAAUUUUGAACAAGUUAUUGGGCUUUCAAAAAAUAUAAAUUUCUGACAUGGUCCAGAUUCUGGAAG